CACGACCUCUUGGUGUUAUUCAUUGAAAGUUUUGUUUCUAUUAUCAUCUGAAAUAUGAACGUAAUGGUAUCUAUGUGAUCAUUGAAAAAACAAACUACCGUGUUCUUGUGCCUUCUGUCCGAGAAAGUAUUCUAUUGUGGACCCGGUAGUAAUUGGUGUAGUCUGGUGCAAUAAUUCCCAUCACAGCUGUCUGAGGAAUUUUGUUACUUUUUGGAUAAUUAUGGACUCCCAAUUUGACUACUCAGAAAGGUUUUAUAGACAAUCUUUGUGACUGGAAGGCUUGGCAUUACCAGGAACCGCCGUUUUGGCACAGUAGCGGAGAACUUCUAGGGCAGAAUAGCAGAAGUAAAUACAGAAUGGAGGAACCCAGCAAAAUAAAACUUCCCAUCUUGCUACCAUGUAUUCCAGACCUACUGUACAUACUCCAAAUUCCUAUCACUACACCUGUAGAAAAGAAAAAUUGUACAGAUUAUGGUAGAAUAAUGUAUGGAGGAAGAUCAAGGCAAAUGUCUCCAGAGUGGAGAAGUGGAAAACAAUAUACAAAUCCUGAUGUGGAUGAUGAAAAUUAUCACAUGGCAGAAUCUUACAGUGAUCGUCAAGUUGACAGAGACUGGAUAAGAAGGUCAAGCAGAGACAGAGAUUCAAAAGUGGAUCGUUACCGUGAAGAUUACCGAUAUAAGGAUGAGGACCGUUACACAGAAGAUGAUGAUGACCGAGAUAGAUAUAGUUAUGAUAGUAGCAAAGGAAGGUAUCAGAGGUUUGAUCAUAAACGAUACCCUGAUACGGACAAGAGGAGCAGCAGAGAAGAUACAGAGAGAAGAGGCCAAGGUUCACAGAACAAUCGUACAAGAGAUUUUCGUGACGGGAGGGAAGUAAACAGAUCAAGAGAGCCAAAAGCUUCGAGAGAGACCUUGAGGGAAGGAAGAGAUGCACGAUCAAGACUAAGUGAUAGUGGAAGAGAGAGAGACUAUGUAGAGUCAAGGGAUUCAAGAGGUGGAAAAGAUACAAAAUCAUUUAAGCCGCUGGGAGGAAGAGAUUCAAAGAGUCAUGAUAGGGACAAAGACUGGGACAGGAAAGAAAGUCGAUGGAAUGAGCAUGAUGAUGAUAGCACAGACAGUUUGGAACCCCCAAGUGACACGACUAGGGUGAGCCGGAAUGCCCUUGGAGAUUCAGAUGGAGAUAAUUAUAAAUAUGAAACACCUAACAAUACAAUCAUGAUUAGAGGCUUGGCACAGCACAUUACUGAAAAUGAUAUUCGACAAGACAUCUUGAAUUGCGGACUGAUGCCAAAAGACAUUCGACUUAUAAGGAAAAAAGAUACAGGUGCAUCUCGAGGCUUUGCUUUCGUCGAGUUUAACACGCUCCAGGAAGCCUCUCAAUGGAUGGAAAUGAAACAGGGAGUAUUGAUGCUUCAAGAUCAGUAUCGAGCUAUCAUGCAUUUCAGCAUUCCAAAGGAAACUCAGAUUGAAAGAAAUGCUCUGAAGUCCAGUCAGGACUGGAUUUGCAUUAAGUGUGCUGCACAUAAUUUCAAGAGAAGGGAUGCUUGCUUUAAAUGUCAUUCCUCUCGGCAAGAAUCUGAAGGUGGGGAAGGAAGUGCUGAAGUCAGUAUGCAGCCAACUUCAACCGUUCUUUUGCGAGGACUGGACGUUUUGUCAACUGAAGACUCAGUAUUACAAGCAAUUAAAUCAAUUUCUUCUGUUCCAAUUCGAAGUAUUCGUAUUGGGCAAGAUCCUCUGACCAACACUUCACGUGGGGUCUGCUAUCUGGAAAUGAACCAUGUGAUGGAUGCUGUUUAUAUGCAUAAUGCUUUAGUGGCAAAUUCUCCAGUUGUAGAUGGGAAGAAAGUCCUUGUCUCAUAUCGAAAGGCAGUGCAGAAUCUCCAAAGUAAUACAUCCACAGCAGGGAGAUUGGAUAACGAUUCAUUAGCACAGCGUUCUGCAAGUGGAGACCUGGCACAGUACACCCUUGAGGACAUUCCUCGUCUGGCUGAUUAUAGCGCAUCUUUGUAUGCAACAUCACCUGCUGAGUACACACAGUAUCAACAAUAUUACCAACAGUACUAUCGCAAUCAGAUAACACAGGGCACCGCCAUAUCUCUGCCUACACAGUCACAGGCAGACUGUGUGAAUGCUGCAGCAGCUGUGGCGCAAUCUGCAAUUCAACAGGUGCAAGCUGCCAAGGAAAUUAAGAAGCAGAUUGAAGUGCCUCAGCUCCUGAAGUCCGAUGUGCUGAAGAUGGCGCAGUUGAAAUCGACCCACAGCCCCACUGCUCCCACAACUGCCGUUGCGCAGUCUGGUACUAAUAGUAAACAGUGUACUGUUCCAGAUGUUAGCACUUAUCAGUAUGAUGAGACUUCGGGUUAUUAUUACGAUCCGCAGACUGGUUUGUAUUACGAUGCUAGUUCUCAGUACUAUUACAAUGCACAAACUCAGCAGUUCCUUUACUGGGAUUCAGAAAAGCAAGCUUAUCUACCUGCACCAGUGACAUCAGAAGAUUCUGUUGCGGGAAAAGAUGAAGGAAAGAAGGUGAAAGAGAAAGACAGACAAGACAAAGUGAAAGUAGCCAAGAAAAUUGCAAAGGACAUGGAACGAUGGGCUAAAACUUUGAAUCAGAAGAAGGACACUGCUCGUCAGACUUUGGCGCUAGUUUCUAAUGUGCUUCCAUCGUCAAAAUCAAUUGGUGCAGCUGAUGCUGGUUAUGCAGUUCUAGAGCGGAAAGAUCGUCCAUCUUCGGACUUCCAAGUUACUCCCUUUGAUGAACCAACAGAGAAGCAAGCCGAUCCACCCUCUCCUCAGGAUAGCUCUUCUGGUGCUGGAGGCCUGGUGGCAGCAUAUGGAGGUGGUAGUGAGAGUGAUGAGGACAUUGAGGAUGUAAUCCAGGAGGAUAGACAACAUACAAAUUGGGCAAAACUUGCAUGUCUGCUUUGUAAACGUCAGUUUCCUACCAAGGAAUCUCUCAUCAGGCACCAGCAGCUGUCAGACUUACACAAAUUAAAUUUGGAAAGUUGGUAUCAUGUCCGUGGGUUAGAUCCUAAUGACCCCCAGCAGAGGAAUAAGAAGUAUCGGGACCGAGCUAAGGAACGACGCCAAAAGUUUGGAGAGCCAGAACCUCCUCAUCCUAAUCACCUUAAAGAAAAGUACCUCAAGACUAGAGAGGAUGCUGCUUCUAUUUCGUAUGAGGAACCAACCAAAUCUGGAAUUGGAUCUGAUAAUGUUGGUAAUAAGUUGCUUCAGAAAAUGGGUUGGCAGGAGGGAAUGGGUCUAGGAAAAUCAAACCAGGGCCGUACUUCUAUCAUUCAGACUGAACAUCGUGCAUCCACUGCUGGACUUGGUGCUAAGGGAGGAACAUAUGGAGCACUUCCUGGAGAAACAUACAAGGAUUGUGUGAAGAAGAUGAUGUUCGCUCGCUACCAAGAACUAACAGAGCAGGAACAGGACACCUGAGAAGUUAUUGCAAGUGCAACAGAGUUGGAUUUUUUUAAUGUACAUAUAUUUUUUAUGUUAAUACAAAAGAAAAUGGUAAGGAAUGUCAGUUGUCAGUAAUGCAGGGAGUUUCUCAAUACUGGAUUCAUCAUCAUAUUUUAUAGGUUUCUCUCCUCAUAGGGAUCAUCAAAAGAUAGAAACUCCAAGUGUACCAAGAUUUAAAAAUAAAUAUAACUUGAUAUGAAAGGAGUAUGAAAAAACUGAUUGACGUUAGGACCUUAUAAUUUUCUUAGUCGACUACUAUUGAUUUUUGAUCUAAAAAUCUUGCCAUAUGACCAGUUAUUAGAUAUAAUGCAUUAGUUAUUAAUCCUUAUUUCUUAAAUUCAUUUCCAUGCUUCCUGUCCUGCAGCGUGAAUAAUUAAAAAUAAAUUAAUUUGGUGUGAGUGCUUGUGAAAUUAGAACAGAAUAAGAUGGAAAUCCUAUGACAGGAGAAGGUAGAGUGUCAGACAUACGAGAACAUUCGUUAAAUUAUGAUUAAAUGUGUUAAUAAAUUUUAUGACCCAAAGCUUUAUUAAUAUCUUUACUGGAUGUUAGAUUAAGACAUGAAUUCAUUUCAAGAUCCAGUGUUUACAUGUCCAAGCUCCAUCUGGAAAGUGUUUCAUACAGAAACUUUAUUGACGUUGUAGUGUAAAAUUAUGUUCACGUAAGUACUUAGAUCUCCAGCUUGGUUUGUAAGACUAUAUUUCCCCAUAUUUUCUCCAUUAUGAGAUUUUCAAAACUUAAAAGUCUUUGUGAUUUUUUGCCAUAUAUAUUUUUAUAUAUGGAAAUAUAUGCUAGUUUAAGUUGUCCCACCCUGUGAUUCAAUUGCAAAGUCUGAAGAAAGCCUCACAAGUUUUCAGUUGCAGUAUUGUGAUUGAAACUGGAUUCUCUCCCCCCUCGACACAUUUAAAGGAUAUUCAUUACCUACUGUACUUCAUUCUAAAUCAGUAACCCUUUGAAGCCAGAGCUUGCCUAAUAAUAUAUAAGAAUCCAUUUGUACUGCAAAGAAAAUACAACUCUUCACUUUUACAAAGAUCAACUGGUUAACGCUGUUAAGGAAAUAAUUGCUGUUUUCAGUGAGAAUCAUAUGAAACCUGUAAGUACAAAAUGAAGAGUUACCGAUUGUUAAAGCAGAUGGUACAUUUUGUUACCAUUGGGCUUUAAAGGGUUAAUUAUAUAUAGAGCUAGCAGAAAAGGUCCAUCAAAGUUAAACAAGAUUUUUUCCCUCAUCUCUUACCACCCUUCUUUCAUUCAUAUGUCCCUUCACUUCCUUACCUUCCUGGUAUUUCAACAUUUGUCACCCACAUUAAUACUUCUUAAAGAUUUCUAAUGGUAGCAUUACUUAGGAAUGAACAUUUUUCCAUCUAGAAACAUACUGAGAACUUCUAGGCCUCUAUGAGCACAAGAAAAUAUAAAAACAUCAAAAUGAGUUUUUAUAUAAUACAGAUAAUUGUAUCAAAGCUGAUUAUUACAUUAGAUAUGCUGAGUGAAUAGCUUUCUUGUAAAGCAUUAUAUAAUAAUGCACAAAGAUACAGAACUGUGAAGUGACUCAAAUUUUAUUUUAGUACAAGAUUCAAAAUUUCCUUUGGUUUGUAAACUCUGAAUUUAUAAUGUUGCCAGGAGGGAAAUGAUAGUCUUCUAACAGUUACUACUAAUGAGUUAAGAAUAUAUUUUUGGCAGCGUAAAAAGCUUUACGUAACAAUAACAAAAAUGCUGUAUGUUUUUUUCAAGUAUGUGUCAACAACUCUUUCAUGAAUUCAGGCUGUUUGAUUUAAAUAAUUUUCACAAUUAAUAAUAAUACUUACUGCAGUAGAGUACAACAGGCUUCCAGGAUGUAUUUCCCAUUAUAAUGGGGAUGUUAUGUCCUCAGACAGUACACUAGUUUGAGCGGGGAGGCUCUUGAGCAUACCACACACACACACACACACAAUGAACUGAAAUUUUCAUGUCUAUCAGAAAUCCAAAAUUCUUUAUAUUACUUACAGAUAAAAGAUGUAUUUACUGAUAUGAGCACAUUAUGUACUCAUGUAGUACCAAAUAUCCUUGCUUCCUAACAUGUGGCAUCAUCUGACUGUUGUAUAAAAGCUGAGAAGGUUUCCUCACUGCCAAAUAGAAACUAGAUAUAGCCUGGGAUGUUUUUGAACAGGUGGGCAUGUGUACAAAUGAUUGCAUUCAGGCUGAGACAGAAGGUAUUUUCUUUCACAGACUAAACAUUAAUUCAGGUUUCCAUAAUUCUCAAAAAAUAAUGUAACAUUUGAUUGAAUUUUAAGUGGUUUGCUUACAUAAGUUCAGCAAUGCAUGUGUGAGUUGCCAUAUUACAUGAAGGGUCCCCCACUAUUCCUACCACAAGGUCAGAGACACCAUUGUAGUGACUGGAAUGAAAACACUGUCCGGUUCAAUUUUGUCAGUCGAUCAAAUGUUUGUACUAAAAAUGGUAAUAAACUCUUAAAGCAAGAUAUAAGCAAUUCUGUUUAUUUUCUGUAGAAUAACGUAAUAGCCUUUGGUAUAUAUUUUUGAUAAAUUGUAUUGACUGAAAUGGAAGAAAUGUAAAGGGCUUUAUUUUUAAUGUCAUAAAUGUGAAUUUCCACACACUCAACCAUUAAGAGAACAAACAAAACUUCAAAUUGAAGAAUGUGUUGUCAAAUAUUCUAAUUGCCAGAAAAAGCUAAUUUAUAUAAUUACUGAGAAACUCCCUCUGAAUCAUAUUGUUAACAGUGGUUGAUUCAAUAUAUGACUACUUUUGGAUAUUGUCCAUUGUCUGAGGUAUGUUUGAUAAAAAGAACAUUUUGUGA